CAUUUUCUGUGAAGUCCACACCCCAAAAGUGAAUCAGCUCUUACGUCAGACGUCUCACUCUGCUCAACACAACAGUUGAAUCGACAGCAGUUUCCUGUCUUACAGACAUCAUCCUGAGAGAUAAAAGCUUUCAUUUUCUGUGAAGUCCACACCCCAAAACUGAAUCGGCUCUGACGUCAGACGUCUCACUCUGCUCAACACCACAGUUGAAUCGACGGCAGUUUCCUGUCUUACAGACAUCAUCCUGAGAGAUAAAAGCUUUCAUUUUCUGUUAAGUCCACACCCCAAAAGUGAAUCGGCUCUUACGUCAGACGUCUCACUCUGCUCAACACAACAGUUGAAUCGACACCAGUUUCCUGUCUUACAGACAUCAUCCUGAGAGAUAAAAGGGAACUUACUAAGCUGAGGACCUUUGGUCUGUAAGAGCAGAUCUGUCAAUGGCUUCACAGACCAUAAACUUCAUCACUUGGAAUGUUAAUGGACUUAGAAGACAAAGAGAUCAGAAAUUUCAAGAACUACAAAAUGCUGACGUUGUUUUUUUACAAGAGACACACAUUGGAGUAGGAGAUAUUAUAGAACUCUAUAAAGAUGAGUGGCAUAUUUUCUACACAAAGUACACCUCCUCCAGCAAGGGAACAGCCAUACUAGUGAGGAAAAGCCUAGAUUUUGAACACAUAAGCGAUGAAAAGGAUAACUGUGGAGCCUAUGUUGUGCUGAAAUGCAAACUGAAAGGUCAGCCAUACACUCUGGUUAGUGUUUACAACCAUCACACAGACACAAAAACCCUUGAUAAACUUUCAAGGUACCUGCAGUCAAUGACCACAGGACUGCUGGUGAUCGGUGGAGAUUUCAACACAGCUCUGAAUAGGUUCAUUGACAAAAAAUGGAACAAGAUUACAAAGAGUACUCAUAGUAAAUUGCUUUUAUUUGUGGAGAAGUUCAUGAAAUCUCUUCAGCUGGUUGAUAUCUGGAGAAGAAAAAACCCCAUGAAGCAGGAUUAUACGUACUACAUAAGAGACUCCCCUGUGUCCAGACUGGAUUACUUCUUCAUUCCAGAAGAAUGUAUGUGGCGUGUAAAAAGUUGUGAUAUAAGAGAUUUAGAAAUGAAUGAAAACAAAGACCACCAGCCUGUGUUUCUAGAGGCAAACAUUUCUGCAAUACCUUUUCAUAAAGUUUGCCAGACACAAUCAGUCUCCCAAUGGCGGAAUUUAAAAAAGGAUCUGACAUGUGAGACAAGUUCAUUACUGGGUGAAGAAAGCCCACAUGCAGUCAGUGAGGUUGAUAUUGUGUCAGCUGUUAAUUCUCUUCAAGUGUCAGACACACCGAGACCAGACGGCAUCCCAGUUUCCUUCUACAAAGACAACAUGCAGGAUUUAAUUCCAUUCAUAAAGAUGAUCUAUGACAGAAUCCACAGAGGUGUGUUUAACUGCUCUGAGAAACUCUUUAAUGAAACUGUGAAAAGUCAACAUGAUGAUAGUCAACACUUCUUUAACGUGGACUUCCUUAUCAUUGCAACUAUUCUGGCAAAACGUCUUGAAGAUGUCAUGGAGUCUCUUCCAAAAGGGCAAAUACCAAAAGAUUCGGCUACUCUCAUGAUCACUCCCAAAACACAUUAUGCUUUAAUAAGUUUAAGUCAUAUUAAGGAUGAGCUGGAACAGCACAAAAAUUCAAACCCGACUCUGAGCCAGGAUCUUCUCAUAAUAGAAAACCUCCUCAAUGAUGCAGAAGAAGAUUUUUCAGUGGAGAAAUACAAAGUGCUGCAUCAGAGUUGCCCUUUGACCCCAGGACUCAUUACACUUGCUCUGAAAAGCUAUGCCUCACAGUUAUUUGACAAUUUAGAAAACUUUGGGAUUUUUAUUUUCAAACAAAGUGUGAUAGUUUGCUUUCAACCUGAGGACCUAGAUAACGUCAAAGCUACUGUGAAGAACAGUGUUAGUGAUGUAUAUGAAAUGGAGAUAUUAUCCAGAGGAAAUGGUGAACUGCUUCAAUUAAACUGCUCAGGAAACGAUUUUAAGGAUGAAGACUCUAAUGACUGGUACAUAGAUACAUUUCAGAAGAACGAAGAAAAAUCAGCAGAAAUUUGCACUCAAUUAGAUGAAAGGGAUGCUGGGACUGAAUGUGAUGAAAAUGAAUCAAUGGAUGUUGAUUUAAGAUCAGCCAUUUGUGGAGCCCCAAAAGAAGAGAUGGAAGCAUAUCAUGGGAUGAAGAAGAAUACACCUCCACUGCUUCCUGUCCCAUCACAAUCUAGAACAAGUAAGAAAAAACAUGAUCAACUUCAAUAUGUUCUUUCCCCUCCAGGACUUUCCAUUGACCCUACAAUGGUUAGCCAAGGUAUUAAAAGAAAACGAGAUCACGAAUCAUCUGACAUGAAUAUAGAGCCACCACUGACAACAGAUAUGAUCAUGGAGAAUGCUAGACAAAUUCUGAAAAGAGUCGCUAAAAACUCCGAUCAAAUCAAUAUAGGCAGCAGGAAGAAGGCAACCAUAGGGAUUUUUGGAAAAUCAGGAGAAGGAAAGAGUUCCCUUUUAAGUGCAGUCUUGGGGAAAAAGAAUCUCUUACCGUCUGGUUGUUUUGGUGCCUGUACAGCUGUUGUUACUCAGGUGGAAGCCAAUCUGAAUGACUCCAACUACAAAGCAGAGAUCGAACUCUUUUCUCAAGAGGAAUGGGAGAAUGAGCUCAAAGAUCUUUUCAUAAAUAUAAAAGAUGACAGUGAGGACAGGAAUGAGGACUUGUUUGAAAUUGCUAAAGAAAAGAUCAAAGCACUGUACGGAGUUGAUGCAAACAAGAAAACGUUAGAAGAGCUCAAGAAUAAUAAAAAAUUUGCUGAGAUUAAAACUUUUUUGUCUAUCAGUAAGAAAAUAAUCUCAAACAGUAAUCUUUCUGAAUUUACCAACGAUGUUGCCAGUUACAUACAACACAGUGAGUUACGUCCUGGUGACUGGUACUGGCCGCUUGUGAAAAGUGUGACGAUCAUGAUACCAGACUGUCGUGAACUCCUGGAACACAUUGUGCUUCUUGAUCUUCCUGGGACUGGAGACUGCAACAAGAUUAGAGAUGACCUGUGGAAAUCUAAACUGAGGGAGUGCUCUUCUGUGUGGAUUGUAAGUGAUAUCAAACGAGCCACCACUGACAGAGAUCCCUGGGGGAUAUUAAAGCACUGCAUUGAAGAACUGGGACCGGGAGGAAAAUGCAAAAAGAUCAACUUCAUCUGUACAAAGACUGAUGAUAUCAAUACAGAAGCCUAUAUUAGAUGUGCAAAUCUCAAAAUAGACACAAUCUCUGAAGACAAGGGAAAAACAUGCAUACUUCAUAGAAAUGAUCAGGCCAAGACAAUAGUCAAAGAAAAGUUUGAAGAUUCUGAAAUCAAGAAAAUAUUCAUUACUGACAAUCAGUUUCAAGUUUUCACUGUAAGUUCCAAUGCGUUCUUUGACCACAGUUUAAAUCUGGAAUCAAGUGAAACAGAAAUCCCAAAGUUGCAAGAUGAUCUGAGGAAUCUUAACAAGAGCAUUAACAGAGAACUGACUAGAGAUUAUGUCAAUAAAGUAAAGGGAACUUUGCUCUUAAUUCAAAGUGGCCAGCUGGAUCCAGACAAGAAAAUGAUUGAAAUGAAAGUCAACACCCUUACAAAAUUUGAGGAGAAUCUAAGGAAGUCACUAAUUGAACUGGACAAAUAUUUUGACAACAUUUCUAAUGUUCUGGAGCAACAUCUCUCAAAUGGAGUGGACGAAUCUGUGCAAUUAUGUGUUGCUUCCACAAAGGCAAUGAUAGCACCUAAUAAAGAUGGAAGGGGUUUCCAUAAAAUCCUUGGAGCUUUGUGCAAAAACUAUGGAUGCUAUUGGUCAAAAAAUCGGGAUGUAGUUCGAGACCUGAACAAAACUUUGGCCAAGUAUUUGCACAAACACAUUGAUGAGGAUUUCUAUCAAAUUUUUCCUGUGACUGGGAAAACAGGGAAGUCAGUGCAGGAACAGAUUGAUAAAUUCAGUAUCAUCCAGAGUGACUCUGCUUACCCCAGCUGUGACAUACUAGAUAACAUUCAAAACUUCAUCAAAAUAGAGGAAACCAAACUGAAGGAAGCACUCAACAGAGACAUUGUUGACAUGAAGAUGGACAUCUACUCAUCAAUCAAAAUAACCAUUUUGAAUCAAAUGGCUUCUUGCUAUCAGCAAGCUGCAGCUGUGACAGGAAUAGGAUCCAUGAAGAUGAGGCAAGAACUGUUAAUAUCCACAGUCGAUAAAAUAAAACAAGACAUGUUCAACGAAGCAAAAGUGGAAGUGCUAAAAAAGUUGAAUAACUUGAAGCUGGACAUAAAGAGUGCUCUUGAAACCGGACUACAGGAAGCAAUAGAACGCUCAAAAUCAAAAACCAGCAACAAUAAACGGAAGGAUGUCUCCAGAGAGAUUGAACAGCUGGAGAGACUUCUAGACCAACUGUAUGACUGAUGCUCAACAAACAACAAGAAGCCCAAGAAAAACGGCACAAAUCACGAAAGAAGCGUAACAACUGUGGAACAAGUGUAACACAUUUUCAGUCAAUUUUUACAGCAAACAUUUUAUAUUAAGUGUGUUUAUUUUUAUGUGGUGGAAGAUUCAUUUUCAUAAAAUUUCUGAAUUUUGGGUUUUAUAUUAGCUAGGGUUGCAUGAUACACAAACUGUAUAGCCUGCUUAUUUGUUGUUUUUUAUUAUAACCGUUUUAUAGCGAAACAUGAAAGUACAUUAAAAACGUAGCUGUCUAAUUUUCAAGAACCUUAAUACAUUUCUGUCAGGACCAAAUGAUUUAAGUUUGGAGUGGGGAUAUGGUUCUGUUCUGGGUAAAAACUCCCUGCCCAUCCAUGCAACUUCAUGAAUAUGAGAGGAGAGAGCAGAACAUCAAACAGAACAUGAUGUAGCAUAUAUAAUUAAUGUUCUUAACGACAUUUUAGUGUGACAACAUUAUUCAAGAUAAAAGGAGUCUGAUUCAGGAAACAAGGAAUAUCAGAAAACCAGUCUUGACUGUGACAAGAAGCGGGGCUGGGGAUGGAGAGUGGGAAAUUUGCUUCUGAGCAACUGAUAAAGAUCCUGAAUGAUACGGAAUAGACCUAAAAUGCCGUGGUAGGCAUCAUAUUCCUAUAGGUAAAUGAUAAGUAUGUAAAGAUUCCAAUCGAUUCAGAUCCUAAACAAAUCGCGAUUAAUUUAGGGGUAGGAGUAUAUAUGUAUGUGAAUGUGUAGGAGUUUAUAUGUAUAAUUUGAAUGUAUGUCUUUAGAAAAGUUUAGAUGGUAUUUGUUAUUUUCCUCUUGACUCUGUGUAAUGCAUAUUAAAGUUCAUAAUUGCAGCGCUGCUUCGUUUACAGCAAAAACCAAAGAAACGCUUAAAGCGCCACCUGCUGGCAGAGAGUGACUCUGCGUCUCAUUUUUUAUGUAUAGUUUAACAAAACUUCAGUCAAGCCUUUCUGUUUUUGCUUCAAAAUUUCGAAAUUAAACAAUCUAAAUUACAUUAAAAACUGCUCAUGUUACAUGUAUGCACAGCAUCUUUGUUUGGGCCAUGAUUAAAAUGCAGAAGUUACAGAUCAAAACCUAAUUUUUAAUAUAGAUUUAUUUUAUUUGUGUUAUUUAUUUUAUUUGAGGAUAGCUUUAAAAUUUCAAUUAAGUCUUGUUAUUUACAUUUACAUUCUAUUUAAAUUUUGUUAGUGAGCACAUGGUUUAUCCAGAGCGUCUUACAAAUUAGGUAUAGAAAUCAAAACCAACAAAAGAGCAAUAAUAUGCAAGAGCUAUAUUAGCAUAUUAUUAGUCACAAAUAAAUUUACAGCAUUUUGCCCAAUCAAUUAUAAAAGGACACAUUUAAUUAAUAAUUUAUCUUAAAUAUCAUUUUGAGAGAAAAAAAUCAUGAAUCAAAUCAUGAGUUCAGUAAAUAAUUACAUUCCUAAUAGAUGAUUGUUUUCCCGUUCAGUUUAUAUAGUGCAUAUUUAUAGUUACACUGCAAAACAUAACAUAAUAUUAUUAAUAUUAAUAACAUGACUAUAUCUGUAGUUAGUAUUUAUUAAACAGGAAAGGGAAAUCCUGCCCAUGCUAAGCCUUUAGCAUUUAUUUGAUCAAAAAUAUCUAUAAAAAAUGUAAUGUGUUAAAUUUAUUGUAAUGUGGCUGUAAAGACUUAUAUCGUUUUGUUUU